CCUGAAGCCUGCCCGCAGGGUGAAGCCAUGAUGGGGAGACUGAGGCACAUGGAUAUGGAAAUGGAGGCAGGCAAAGAGGCGCAGAAAGGGAGGAGUUGGAAAGAGACUGCGAAAAGGACAGUGAUGGGAGGACAGAGAGUCACUGAGAAACAGACAGAGGCCUAGACCUGCAAAAGAAUGGUGCUGGAGGGAAACCCUGAUGUGGGGUCCCCCCGAACCUCAGACCUCCAGCACACCAGGAACAAGGGUUCUUGUCUCCUUUCUUCUCCCGGUGAAGGUGCACAGCCUGGUGAGGAGCCCAUCAAGUAUGGUGAACUCAUCGUCCUGGGAUGCUGUGAGGAAGGAGGUGAGGAAACCGAGGCUCAGAGAGGGGAAGUGACUGGCCCAAGGGCACACAGCUGUUACAACGGGUGUCUGGCAAGUGGGGACAAGGGCCGCCGGCGAAGCCGCCUGGCACUGAGCCGCCGGCCACAUGCCAACGGAGUGAAGCCAGAUGUCAUGCACCACAUCUCGACACCGCUUGUAUCCAAGGCACUGAGUAACCGAGGCCAGCACAGUAUAUCAUACACACUGUCCCGAAGCCACUCGGUCAUAGUGGAAUACACACAUGACAGCGACACAGACAUGUUCCAGAUUGGCCGCUCCACCGAGAACAUGAUCGACUUUGUGGUAACAGAUACAUCCCCUGGAGGAAAUGCUGUCGAGGGCCCUUCUGCCCAGAGCACCAUUUCCCGCUAUGCCUGUCGCAUCCUCUGUGACCGCAGGCCACCCUAUACUGCCCGCAUCUAUGCCGCUGGCUUUGACGCCUCCAGCAACAUCUUCCUUGGAGAGCGGGCAGCCAAAUGGCGGACCCCCGAUGGCCUGAUGGAUGGCCUGACCACCAAUGGGGUCCUGGUGAUGCACCCUGCGGGCGGCUUCUCCGAGGACUCAGCCCCGGGUGUCUGGCGGGAGAUCUCAGUCUGCGGGAACGUGUACACGCUGCGGGACAGCCGCUCAGCCCAGCAGCGGGGGAAGCUGGUGGAAAAUGAAUCCAACGUGCUACAAGACGGCUCGCUCAUCGACCUGUGUGGGGCCACACUGCUGUGGCGCACUCCAGCAGGGCUGCUGCGGGCCCCCACGCUGAAGCAGCUGGAGGCCCAGCGGCAGGAGGCAAAUGCAGCACGGCCCCAGUGCCCCGUGGGCCUCAGUACCCUGGCUUUCCCCAGUCCAGCCCGGGGCCGCACAGCGCCUGACAAGCAGCAACCCUGGGUCUACGUCCGUUGUGGCCAUGUCCAUGGCUACCAUGGCUGGGGCUGCCGGCGGGAGCGAGGCCCCCAGGAGCGCGAGUGUCCUCUCUGCCGCCUUGUGGGGCCCUAUGUGCCCCUGUGGCUUGGCCAGGAGGCUGGCCUCUGCCUGGACCCUGGGCCGCCCAGCCAUGCCUUUGCUCCCUGUGGCCAUGUCUGCUCUGAGAAGACUGCCCGAUACUGGGCCCAGACACCGCUGCCCCAUGGUACCCAUGCUUUCCAUGCUGCCUGUCCCUUUUGUGGGGCCUGGCUCACUGGAGAGCAUGGCUGUGUCCGCCUCAUUUUCCAAGGGCCACUGGACUAGGCUCUUUGGAACCCCUG